GUGAUAAGACCAUAAUCUUAUGUUUAUUAUUCAAUAUUUAUUAUUCUCAUUUCUCGUUUAUUUUAAUUUUUACUAUUAAAUUAAAUUCGUAUUAAAUUAAUACAAUAGCAUUCUGGUAAAUUUGUUUGUAUAAACGCAUUAAACAUGCCUUUAAUAUUGAUGGUCGGAUUACCUUGUAGUGGUAAGACCACUAGGGCCGGCGAGAUUCAAAAAUAUUUUACUGAAAAGUUGAACAAGGAUGUUAUUUUGAUAUCGGAUAAUGAAAUUAUUUCACACAUGGAUGUUGACAAAAAUAUUUUAUUUUUAGACAUGAAAAAAGAAAAACAGCUACGCUCAAUAUUACAUUCUGAAGCUCUUAAGAAACUUACAAAAGAAAAUAUUGUAAUAUUAGAUUCCGGAAAUUUUAUAAAAGGAUUCAGAUAUGAAUUAUAUUGCUCAUCGAAAAGUCUAAGUACUCCACAAUGUUUAGUUGUGUGUGAUAUUUCUUCAACACGUGCUUGGCAGUUAAAUGAGAAUAGACCUGAAAAUGAUCGAUAUAAACAAGAAACGUUCAAUGAUCUCGUAAUGAGAUAUGAAGAACCCAAUCAUUCAAAUAGAUGGGAUUCACCUUUAAUAAAUUUACAGUUGGACGAUACAUUGCCUUCAGAAGAUAUACGGAAAGCUAUUUUUGAUGUUGCCGCACCUAAACCCAAUCAGGCGACUAUAAAUACACCUUUAAGUUCGACUUCAUACUUGUACGAUUUGGAUAAAAAAACUCAAGACGUAAUUAAUUCUAUAAUAACAUUGAAAAAGCAAGGAGAAGAAGGUGAAAACAUUGAAAUUCCAGAUUUCAAAGGGAAAUAUUUAUGUAAGCUCGACAAAAACAUAUCUCUAAUACAGCUCGCCAAGUCCAGAAGACAAUUUUUAUCGUAUGCCAAAAGUCAUCCAUCAUCAACGAACGAUCAAGAAAAUAUCAUAAAUAUGUUUGUACAGUUCCUUAAUAAGACAAUUACAUGUUGAUAGCUUAUGCCUUUUUUGUAUAAUAUAACAAAUUAU